AACGUUCUUUAAUGGCUCCAAAUUUUUGAUAUGUCUUUAUGGACGUGAAUAUCUAGCUAUGAGAGUUGGAAUUCCCUAAUUCCAAUCUCCGGUUUGUGAGAUAUGGUCUCUAAAAGACACCUCAGAAAUCUGGAAAUUGUCCUUGCAAAUGGAGCAAUAUUGCAAUGGGCUACUCGGCGAUGUUUCAUGUGUGGUGGCUGUGGUCAUGGCCACUGGGAAUGUUCAAAUAAGUAUGCCAUACCAUAUGAAGAGUGGGCCAUGAUUCAUGAGGAGGAAAAGAAAAGCUCAUGUGACCAAUUUGUCAAUGAGGAAGACGUCUUUGAUAUUCCUGUCAAAGAUGAAGAUGACGUCUUCGUAGAAGAACCGGCUUCUAAUGCUCAGGAAGAAUCACACUGUAAUGAUUCUUUCCUUAUUCAUGAUGACUUUGUUGAAGAGAGAAUCUAUUCUUGGAAAUCAUAUCAUACCAUUCAUGGCUAUGCAUGAAUCAUUUUCUAACGCACGGCUCUAAUAGGAGAGUUUCACAUUUAAUUAUUUACUUACUUUUUUUAUUUUAGGAAGGACUUUAUUAUGGUGAGAAUUCCUUGUUACUUAGAGAGUUUCACGUUCCUUGGAAUUUCUAUUAGUAUAGGUACUCUAUUGAUUUCAACCUAUAUAUACACGAAUUUCCUUUAAUAAAUCUUUGUUACUUAU